AAUAAAUAGCCAUCCCUCCAAACAGUUCACCACCAGAGAAACACAAAAAACAUACUAAAAAAAAGAAGACCAACAAUAACCUCAUCGUAUAGUGUCUACAUGGGUUGCCAAGACGAACAAUUGGUGAAAACUAUAUGCGACCUCUACGAGAAGAUCUCGAAGCUCGAGAGUCUGAAACCAUCUGAAGAUGUUAACAUUCUCUUCAAGCAGCUCGUUUCCACAUGCAUCCCACCUAACCCUAGCAUCGACGUAACAAAGAUGAGUGACACAGUCCAAGAGAUUCGACUUAACCUCAUCAAGAUCUGUGGCGAAGCCGAAGGUCGCUUAGAACAUCAUUUCUCUUCCAUCUUGACCUCUUUCCAAGACAACCCACUUAACCAUUUAAACAUUUUCCCUUAUUACAACAACUAUUUAAAACUCGGAAAGCUCGAAUUCGACCUCCUCACACAAAACCUAAAUGGUUUUGUCCCAAAGAAUGUGGCUUUCAUCGGAUCUGGUCCCCUCCCUCUCACUUCCAUCGUUCUUGCAUCAUUACAUCUCAAAGACACAAUCUUUCACAACUUUGACAUCGACCCAUCAGCGAAAUCACUCGCUUCUCUGCUGGUUUCCUCUGAUCCAGACAUAUCUCAACGCAUGUUCUUCCACACCGUUGAUAUAAUGGAUGUGACAGAGAGCUUGAAGAGCUUCGACGUCGUGUUUCUAGCUGCUCUUGUUGGAAUGAAAAAGGAGGAGAAAGUUAGAGUGAUCGAGCAUCUGCAGAAACACAUGGAUCCAGGUGCUGUGCUCAUGCUGAGGAGUGCUCAUGGCCCGAGAGCGUUUCUUUAUCCGAUCGUUGAGCCGUGUGAUCUUCAGGGGUUCGAGGUUUUGUCUAUUUAUCACCCGACAGAUGAUGUUAUCAACUCCGUGGUGAUAUCAAAAAAGCUUCCUAUCGUUUCAACUGGGAAUCUCGUUGGUGGACCCUCAUGCUUGCUCCAGCCAUGCAACUGUUCCAAGAUCCACGCGAUAAUGAGCAAGAAGAAGAACACGAUGAUGAUCGAAGAGUUUGGAGCGAGGGAGGAGCAGCUGUCUUAAGAGGACGUUUACUUGUUUCUUAAUUCUCUAUAUAUCUUUGGAAGCUUCUUCUUCUUCUAGUUAUGAUUUGUGUUUUUUUUUUGUGUUGUGUGUGUUUGGUGUCUUUCCUUCUUCUUUGUUUGUUUUUUUCUUUCAUUUUUUAUAAAAUAACCGCAGCCUUCGGACCAAUCAAGGCCCAGUAGGUUUGUAAAUAAGCCCUAAAAUAAAACAGAUUAAAUAUAAAAACGGGCCAGACCUAAACAAUAUAGCCCAAUAUAGCUUUCGAAUAACAUUGGUAAAAUUGUUAGGCCCGACCCGGUUCUAUCUGUU